AUGAAGGUUGCCUACGCCUUGGCCCUUGCGGCCACUGUUGAGCAGGCCUCUGCCACUGCCAUUCUCGGUGCUGUUCUGGACUACUGGACCAACCUCCAGCCUUUCACUUGCCCCGGCAAGACGCCCGUCAUCUGCAAGCCCGACCAGGUUCCGGGCUACGACUGGAAGGACACUCCCAUCGGACCCAUCGGCGGCUAUGGCGGCUGCGAUUUCAAGGGCUGGACCUGCAAGAAGAAGUUCGGUCGUCGUGACAUGCUGGCUGGUCGUCAGGAUGAUGGAAGCAAGGUCAUUGAGGCUGACGUUGGCGCUGACGGCGAGAGCGGGAACCCCGUCAUCUCGGCCGGCAACGACAUUGGCACCUUCGACAUUGACAGCUUCUCUGUUGAGUCUGAGUUCGACGCCCGCUUCGAGUUCCACUACACCAUGCCUGACGGCUCUACCUGCAAGCAGUCGUCCCCCGUAUCCAGCCAGGGUACUUCCAUCGUCAACACUCAGUGCGGUGGUGCCAAGUCUGUCCAGCUUGUCCUCCCCCAGAACCAGGGCAACCAGAAGAGAACCUUCCUGCUGAAGAAGAGCUGCAAGGUCAAGUGCCACAAGAUCAAGUUCUGGUGCAAGCCUCAGCCUCCCAAGACUACCAACUCGCCGCCCGCCACUCCUCCUGCUCAGACCACGACCAAGAACACCCCUCCUCCCCAGACUACCUCUACCACAGUUAGCACUGUGCCCGGUACUACGACCAAGCAGACUACCCCCCCUGCCCAGUCCACCUCUGUCAGCACCCCUCCUGGUGAGACUACCAAGGUGACCACCUCUGUCAACACUCCUCCCGGCGAGACUACCAAGGUGACUACCUCCGUCCAGACCACUCCUGGCCAGAGCACUCCUCCUGCCGAGACCACCAGCAAGGUCACUACCUCUGUCAACACUCCUCCCGGCGAGACUACCAAGAUCACCACCUCCGUCCAGACCACUCCUGGCCAGAGUACUCCUCCCGCCGAGACCACCAAGGUGACCACCUCUGUCAACACUCCUCCCGGCGAGACUACCAAGAUCACCACCUCCGUCCAGACCACUCCUGGCCAGAGCACGCCUGUUCAGUCUACUCCUGUUGAGUCCACUCCCGUCAAGACCACUCCCGGCCAGACCCCUCCUCCCGGCACCACUACCAGCUUCAUCACCACCACCUACGAGACUAUCUCCACAGUCUUCACCACCAGCACCAAGACCAUCACCAGCUGCGGUCCUGAGAUCACCUCUUGCCCUAUCAAGACUCCUGGCGAGACUCACACUGUCACCCUCACCAGCGUCGUCAGCACCACCAUCUGCCCCGUCACUGAAACUCGCCCUAUUGUCAUCACCACCCAGACUCAGCCCGGCGCGACUCAGACCCAGCCCACCCAGAGCUCUGAGAAGCCCAAGGAGAGCGAGACCAAGACCUCGCCCCCUGUUCCUUCGCAGUCUCUUCCCUGCCCCGAGUCUGUUCCUCGCUGCUUGAUGUCGUGGCUCGACCUCGUUAAGGAGUGCAAGAACAACGCCGAUGCCGAGUGUUUCUGCAAGAACAGCGAGUACACCAAGAACGUCUUCCAGUGCCUGUACUCGUAUGGUGGCAGCGACAAGAACGUCGCCGACUCGAUCACCUUCUUCCAGGGUAUCUGCGCCCCCUACGCCGGAAAGAACCCUAACAUUGUCACUGGUGCCGAGACCAUCACGCAGAUCAUCACCGUCACACCCGCUCCUCUUCCCAGUGGUGGCGUUACCACGAUCACCAUCGACACCACGGUCACUGAGCCUUGCGUCACCAGCGGUACCACCAUCACUGGCAGCAGCACCACUCGCGUCAUCAGCACCCAGCUUCCCGUUCCCGCGGUCACCCUGACCCCUCCUCCCGCUGGUGAGAAGCAGCCUGUCCCUACUGGCGGCGUCGCUCCCACCACCGUCGCCCCCGGCGUGCCCGUCGGCACUGGUGUUCCCACCGUGCCCUCUGGCACCAAGCCCCCCGUCGUUGUAGGUGGUGCUGGCAAGGCCCAGGCCGGCAUCCUCGGUGCCGUCGUCAUGGCCGUCAUCGCUGCUCUGUAA